AAUCCGGCGGGCCUCGCCUCUCGAGGCUUCGGUUUGUUCAGAGUUCGGAACGACCGAAGCAGCUGCUGCGAACCGAACCGCUGGCGCUCGGACGGCAGCAGUACAGUACCCAUGCUGGGGCUCACUUGUUGUUUCUGUGAUAAGUGUACGUACGUCGGAAUAACUUAUGGAAAAGUGACCUCCAUUUAGAUUUUUGUAAGUCGGGCGGUGUCUGGAUCGUUUGUAAUGGUACAGUAUUAAUCAGCGGCGUUGUUCAGUGUCGUGGGGGAAGUUUAAGGUGUUUAGAAUUGACAGUAAAAAGGGUGAAUUGUUCCGGAUGAGUCUAGUGGUGUGAGCAUCAGCCAGCUGGGUGUGGAGGAAGAUUGUUAUUGAGUGAGAGGAUUGGCUUAGAUAAAAGAUUUAGUCAAGAUGGAAGAUGCACAUACAUAUUCCUGCGAGGAUGUUCUCGCACAGUUUGCUGUAGAUAUGAGUAAGGGCCUCACGGAGUCCCAAGUAAAAAACAGCCAAGAAAAAUAUGGACCAAAUGAAUUACCGGCAGAGGAGGGAAAAUCUCUUUUUCAGUUGGUUCUAGAACAGUUUGAUGAUCUACUUGUAAAAAUUCUACUCAUGGCUGCUAUUAUAUCAUUCGUAUUGGCGUGGUUUGAAGAAGGUGAAAAAACUGUCACUGCCUUUGUAGAACCAUUUGUUAUUCUACUUAUUCUUAUUGCUAAUGCAAUAGUUGGUGUCUGGCAAGAAAGAAAUGCAGAAUCCGCUAUAGAAGCCCUAAAAGAAUAUGAACCAGAAAUGGGGAAAGUAAUCCGAGCCAAUAAACCAGGAGUGCAAAAUAUUAGGGCUCGUGAAAUUGUACCAGGAGAUAUCAUUGAAGUAGCAGUUGGUGACAAGAUUCCUGCUGACAUGCGACUUUUAAAGAUUUAUUCAACAACUCUGCGAAUUGAUCAGUCCAUCUUGACUGGAGAGAGUGUGUCUGUUAUCAAGCAUACAGACAUUAUUCCAGAUCUCCAGGCUGUGAAUCAGCAAACCUUGAAGGAAGGGGGCAAUGUAUCUCAGGCUACUAUCCAGGACAAGAAAAACAUUCUCUUCUCUGGCACCAAUGUGGCUGCAGGAAAAGCUUUGGGCAUUGUCAUUGGAACUGGACUAGGAACUGCUAUUGGCAAGAUUCGCACGCAGAUGGCUGAAACUGAGGAGAUGAAGACACCUCUUCAGCAGAAAUUAGAUGAAUUUGGAGAACAACUAUCAAAGGUUAUCUCAGUUAUUUGUGUUGCUGUGUGGGCAAUCAACAUUGGUCAUUUCAAUGACCCUGUCCAUGGUGGCUCAUGGGUUAAGGGAGCAAUUUAUUACUUUAAAAUAGCUGUUGCUUUGGCUGUUGCUGCCAUUCCAGAAGGAUUACCAGCUGUUAUCACUACUUGCUUGGCUCUGGGAACUCGUCGAAUGGCCAAGAAGAAUGCAAUUGUUAGGUCUUUGCCUUCUGUGGAAACCUUAGGUUGUACAUCUGUUAUAUGCUCUGACAAGACUGGAACUCUGACCACCAACCAGAUGUCUGUCUCUCGCAUGUUUGUCAUGGAUAAAGUUGAUGGGAACAAUUGUUCUCUCUUGGAAUUUGAAAUUACAGGUUCAACUUAUGAACCAGUAGGUGACAUAUACCUAAAUGGUGCUAAAGUUAACGGUGCUGAUUUUCAAGGACUUCAAGAGUUGGCUACUAUUGCUGUUCUGUGUAAUGAUUCGACCAUAGAUUUUAACGAGUUCAAGAACAUGUUUGAAAAAGUUGGUGAAGCUACAGAAACAGCUCUUAUAGUUUUGGCUGAGAAAAUGAAUCCACACUCUCAGAAUAAGUUUGGCAUAUCUCGACAGAUAGCUGCUACCUUGACCAAACAGGAUAUGGAAAGAAGGUGGAAGAAAGAAUUCACUCUAGAAUUUUCACGUGAUAGAAAGUCAAUGUCCUGCUAUUGUAUACCUAUGCAGUCUAGUCACAUAGGAACAGGACCAAAAAUGUUUGUUAAAGGAGCUCCAGAAAGCGUACUAGAUCGUUGCUCUCUUGUUAGAGUUGGUUCUCAAACACUUCCUCUAACUCCUGAAGUAAGAGAAAAGAUCAUGACUGUGACACGUGCUUAUGGUGGUGGCCGUGACACCUUGCGUUGUUUAGGUCUUGCUACUAUUGAUUCACCUAUGAAUCCUCAGAAUAUGGACUUGACUGACUCUAACAAAUUCCACCUGUAUGAAACAAAUAUGACAUUUGUUGGUGUAGUUGGUAUGUUGGAUCCUCCUCGAAAAGAAGUUCGUGACUCCAUUAGAAGGUGUCGAGCUGCUGGUAUUCGUGUAAUUGUUAUUACUGGUGACAACAAAGCUACUGCUGAAGCUAUAUGUCGUCGUAUUGGGGUAUUUGAGGAUCACGAGGACUUGACUGGGCUUUCUUACUCGGGUAGAGAGUUUGAUGAGUUGAGCAUUGCAGAACAAAGAGCAGCAUGUAUGAGAGCACGAUUGUUUUCGCGUGUAGAGCCUUUCCAUAAGUCAAAAAUUGUAGAGUAUCUUCAGGCUGAAAAUGAGAUUUCUGCAAUGACAGGUGAUGGUGUGAAUGAUGCCCCUGCUUUGAAAAAGGCUGAGAUUGGUAUUGCUAUGGGCUCUGGUACAGCUGUAGCAAAAUCUGCUUCAGAAAUGGUUCUUGCAGAUGAUAACUUUUCAUCAAUUGUAGCUGCAGUGGAGGAAGGUCGAGCCAUCUACAACAACAUGAAACAGUUUAUUCGGUACCUAAUUUCUUCUAACAUUGGUGAAGUAGUAUCUAUAUUUUUGACUGCUGCCCUAGGAUUACCUGAGGCCCUAAUUCCAGUUCAGCUUUUGUGGGUUAAUCUUGUCACUGAUGGCCCUCCUGCAACAGCUCUUGGCUUUAACCCCCCAGACCUUGAUAUUAUGAGUAAGCCACCUCGCAAAGGUGAUGAAUCGCUAAUCUCCGGCUGGCUCUUUUUCCGAUACAUGGCCAUAGGAUGUUAUGUGGGUGUUGCAACUGUGUUUGCUGCAUCAUGGUGGUUUAUGUAUGACCCAACUGGACCUCAGGUGAAUUAUUAUCAACUUUCUCAUCAUUUAUCAUGUCCAACUGAUCCAGACAACUUCAAGGGUCUAGAUUGUGCCAUAUUCAGUCACCCAGCUCCCAUGACCAUGGCAUUGUCUGUACUAGUCACCAUUGAGAUGCUCAAUGCUUUAAAUAGCUUAUCAGAAAAUCAGUCGCUUGUGAUUAUGCCACCUUGGGUUAACAUGUGGCUGCUGGCAGCCAUGGCUCUUUCUAUGAUUCUUCACUUCAUCAUCUUGUACUUUGACAUCUUUGCUGUGGUAUUCCAGGUGCAAUCAUUGUCUGUAGCACAGUGGGUAGCGGUGUUAAAAAUAUCAUUCCCAGUAAUCAUACUGGAUGAAACCUUUAAGUUCAUGGCCCGCAAGUUUGGUGAAGGAGAAAAUCCUCUCUUCUCUUGUCACUGGAUUGUUUUGGCUUGGGGCCUUUACAUUGCAUAUAUUAAGGUGUAUUUCGUUUAAUACACAUAAUUAUUAAGUGAAUAAAAGACGGACGUUUUAUUAUGAAUCCUGUAGAAAUGAAAUCAACUUUGUAUUGUUUCUGAGUAGUAAGGAUAGAUUUUUUUGUUAUUAAAUAAAAUUGUUAAGAAAGAAAUGUAUGUUUCCUUAAGCACCUGAAGUUAACACUCAAAUCUGGUUCUUAUGGGUCAAUCCUAACUGUUCAGGAUCAAUACUAUAUUAAUCUUAACUAAUGUAACAAUUGUAAAGUUUACUGUGCAAGUCCUAGAAAUGACCAAAAGUCAUUUUACAAGAUAAUGAACCAAAAGUAUGAGUGGAAGUGUAUUGUUGACUUUAUUAUUGUGAACUCUGACAUUCCAGACUAAUUGUAUGUUACACAUGAAAAAUAACUUCAAUAUUGUAUGAAUAAAUUUAUUCCAUGAAAUGGUCACAAAAAUAAAAUAAUGUUGUUGA